AUGGAGACGAAAAAUGAAAAUAUCUUCGUUCUCAAGGAGCUAAACCAGUUAAAAUAUGACCACAUAGCAGUGGUGCCACCAUACGCUCGUGGAGGGGGAGGCCUCGCCCUACUCUGGAGAAAAGGAAUAGAGGUCAAUAUCCUUUAUCAAUGUGACAACUUCAUAGAUACUGAAGUAAAGUACAAAGGGGAAAGAUUCCACACUACCUUUGUCUAUGGAGAUCCAGAAAAAGAAGGAAGAAAAGAGGUUUGGAAUUCAAUACAAAGAAGAGCUGAGAAUCGUGACUCACCUUGGUUCCUUACGGGAGACUUUAACGAAAUUAUGGACAACUCCGAGAAGAGCGGAGGACCAGCUAGGGCAGAAGGCUCCUUUGUUGACUUCAGAUCCUUCAUGUCGACUUGUGAACUCUAUGACUUGAGAUUCUCUGGAAACUUCCUAUCAUGGAGAGGGCAAAGGCGCGAUCAUCUUGUGAGGUGUAGACUCGACAGAGCAAUGGCAAACAGUGCUUGGAUCGAGAAUUACCCUUCUGGUAGAAGUGAGUAUCUAAACUUUGAGGGGUCGGAUCAUAGACCCUUAAUCUCCUUUUUUCAAGCUGUCAAGAAAAGGAAAAAAGGUCUCUUUAGUUAUGACAGAAGAUUAAGAAACAAUGAAGAGGUUAAAUUGUUGAUUACCGAGAGUUGGAAUACAAACCCUCGAGCAGAUGUGGAGACACGAAUUUCAAAUUGUCGAAAAGCCAUUAUUCAGUGGCACCGAAGUCACCAUCUCAAUAGCCGGAAAAUAAUAGAGGAGAAGAAGAGCGAAUUAGAGAGAGCUAUGACCAGCAAUGUCUUAAAUGAUACCUUAAUCUUCCAGAUUAACAAAGAACUCAAGGGAGCUUACGAAGCAGAAGAGGAAUACUGGAGACAACGCAGUCGACAGAUGUGGCUCAGUCUAGGUGACAAAAACAGCGGCUACUUUCACGCUGCAACCAGAGGAAGACGAGCAAGAAAUAACAUAUCGGUUAUUGAAGACGAUGAAGGGAAGACUGUCUUUGAAGAGGCAAAAAUAGCAGAAGUAAAUACAAAAUACUUUGAGAAAAUGUUUACCUCUCAAGCAGGAGUAAGAGCAGAGACAGUAAACAAGAGCAUAAAACCAAGCAUCUCAGAAGAAACCAAUAUUCGUCUCAUCCAGAUACCAAGCGCUCAAGAGGUUAGGGCAGCAAUCUUCUCAAUUCAUCCAGACAAGGCCCUGGGACCGAAUGGUUUCUCAGCUAGCUUCUUCCACUCCAAUUGGGAAACCAUCGGAGAAAGAAUCACACUAGAAAUUCAGGAAGUCUUCAGAUCAGGAACCUUCCCUCAAAACAUCAACGCCACUCACAUCUGCCUCAUUCCAAAGAUUACAAAUCCCAAAUCAGUGGCAGACUAUAGGCCAAUAGCCCUUUACAAUGUUUAUUAUAAAAUCUUCUCGAAGAUUCUUACCGCAAGACUACAUCCAAUUCUAGAUGGCAUCAUCUCCGAGAAUCAAUCAGCCUUUGUUCCCGGACGAGCUAUCACAGACAACGUGAUGAUCACUCACGAGAUUCUCCACUUCCUGAAAAUUUCAAAAGCAAACAAGAGGGGAUCAAUGGCAAUGAAAACGGACAUGACAAAGGCGUAUGACCGAGUAGAGUGGGAGUUCAUUAGACUAGUGCUGGAAAGGAUGGGCUUUCACACUAAGCUAAUUGGGUGGAUUAUGCAAUGGGUAACUUCGAUUACCUUCAAGUUCCUGCUUAAUGGAUCCGCGAUAGGCAACGUCACACCAUCAAGAGGAAUCCGGCAAGGAGAUCCGUUGUCGCCGUAUCUCUUCAUACUAUGCAGUGAGGUCUUAUCUGGUUUAUGCAAGAAAGCCCAAGAAAAUGGUCAACUAACAGGCAUAAGAGUGGCAAAUGGAAGCCCGAAAGUAAACCACUUACUUUUCGCGGAUGAUACGAUGUUCUUCUGUAAAUCCAAUGAGAAGACUUGUAAGGCACUAAAGGAAAUCCUGCGUCAAUACGAAGAAGCAUCAGGACAAAUGAUAAGUUGUCAAAAGUCGGCAAUUACUUUCUCCAAAAAGACCUCGGGUGAUAUCAAAAGGAAAGCAAUGAGCAUUCUAGGAAUCAGCAAAGAAGGAGGAAAAGGGAAAUACCUAGGACUUCCUGAAGCUUUUGGGAGGAAAAAGAAAGACCUUUUCAGUGCAGUAGUAGACAAAAUCAGACAAAGAGCAGUGUCUUGGUCUUCAAAGCUCCUGUCUGGGGCUUCCUCCCUUGGAUUGAGACCGUUUCACUCAUGUUUCUCCUCAUAG